AUGAAAUAUUCUGAUAGUUCAGAAAAUAUAAACCUUUACACACCUAAACCAGAUAGAUCAGAUAAAGAUUUCCACAGAUAAGUAUUUAAAACUUUAAAGUAAAUUCAAAAAUAAUACUUUAAGAUUUGAUUCUUUAGAAGAGAAGGAGAAACUGUUACUAACAUUCAAAUUUAUAAACCCUUACAACAUUUUGAAUAACAUAUCUCGUAUUUAUUAUUCAGAUUAUGAUGCUAGAAGAAACGCUUAAUAAUGA